CUGGUGAUUCCUGACCCGGAAGCGCUCCUCGUAUUUCCAUUCGCCGUCUCUAUGGCUGUUCCGGGUUCCUUGGUUUCCUCCCAUAAGCCCCCGCGCCUUCCUUUCUGGUCUGGUCCUGAGCAGGAUGGCUCCUGCAAAGAAAGGUGGUGAAAAGAAGAAAGGACGAUCAGCCAUCAAUGAGGUUGUUACUCGGGAAUAUACUAUAAACAUUCACAAACGGAUCCAUGGCGUUGGCUUCAAGAAGCGGGCUCCUCGUGCUCUCAAGGAGAUCCGUAAAUUUGCAAUGAAGGAGAUGGGGACUCCUGAUGUACGCAUUGACACCCGCUUGAACAAGGCUGUCUGGGCAAAAGGAGUAAGGAAUGUUCCUUACCGCAUCCGUGUGCGUUUAUCCAGAAAACGCAAUGAAGAUGAGGAUUCGCCUAAUAAACUGUAUACACUGGUCACAUAUGUGCCAGUUACCACUUUCAAAAGCCUACAGACUGUUAAUGUGGAUGAAAACUAAUCUUUCAUUACAAUAAAAAUGUUAUGACAUUACUUUA